AUGGCGCCUCUCAGCUGUCGAGGCCUGCUCGUCGGGCUCGUGGCUCUACUGCCCUCUUUGACGGCGGCCUACGCCAAUUCCAGCUACAAUGUCGAUGCUCUGCGAGCCCAGUUCGCGCUUAUGGAUGACCGCCCCAAGGAUUGUCCGCCAUGCUUCAACUGUCUCCUACCUGCCCAUACCUGCGCGCAGUACGCCGGCUGUAACGAGUUCAAUGGAAAAUGCGACUGCCCCGAUGGGUUCGGCGGUGACGACUGUCUCGAGCCAUUGUGUGGUUCCCUUGGGCGCGGCAAAGACCGACCGAUGCGAUCGGGCUCGUCUUGCGAAUGUGACGAAGGCUGGACUGGCAUCAACUGCAACGUCUGCACAACGAACCAAGCUUGUAAUGCGCUGAUGGAGACUGGCAGCGGAGGUAUCUGCAAAGUCACGAACAAGAAGAUUGCCGACUUGCUUGGACAGCAAAAGCCUCAAGUUACAUUUACCUGCAAAGAAGAGGAGGAAACUUGCGACUUCCAGUUCUGGAUUGAUCAAGUUGAAUCUUUCUAUUGCCACUUGUCAGAUUGUGCAUCUGGUGCACAGUACGGCAUCGAUAAGAAUACCACAGCAUACAAGUGCAACCACAUCGACUGCAGUUGUAUUCCUGGCCGUAUGAUGUGCGGCAAAGAUGGUUCGCUCGACCUUACCGAUUUUCUGGACCAAGCAAUCAAUGGCCCUGGCCGAUUCGAGUGUACUCAAAAGGGCGGCGGUGCCCAUGACUGUGCUUUCAAAGAGCCCGCAAUGGACGAUCUCAUCACUAGCUUAAUCGGCGACUCUAGUAUCCUUCUAGACUGCCAAGCGGGCGAGUGCUUGUACGAGACUGAGGUGCCAGGUUAUCACCGUCCGGUUAAGCAAAUCAAUACGCCCCUCAUUGCUGGUGUUAUUGGAGGAUCUUCGCUCUUCUUGGCAGCCGUCAUCAUUGGAACGUGGUAUUUGUCUCGCCGCAGGUUGCGUUAUGGAGCAAUUCGCCUCGAGGAUUCCGACGAUGAGAGCACCAAGCUCAUGGUGGAUCAUAAGCCUGCCACUCUCUUCUUCCAAAAUGUCGCCUAUACUCUUAAUGGAAAGAAUAUCCUGACUGGGAUCCAAGGAGUUUGCCAGCCAGGGGAGGUGACUGCCAUCAUGGGAGCUUCAGGCGCGGGAAAGACAACGUUUCUGGAUAUUCUUGCUCGAAAGAAUAAGCGUGGCCACGUCAGCGGAGAUUUUUACGUCAAUGGCGAAAAGGUCAAUGAUAUCGAUUAUAGAAAUGUGGUUGGAUUCGUCGAUCAAGAAGACACCAUGCUGCCCACGCUUACCGUUCAUGAGACUAUCCUCAACAGCGCUCUGCUGAGACUUCCCCGGGAUAUGGGUCGUGCUGCCAAGGAGCAGAGAGUUAUCGAGGUUGAGAAAGAGCUAGGAAUUUAUCACAUUAGAGACUCUCUCAUUGGUUCCGAAGAAGGCAAAGGCCGUGGAAUCUCUGGUGGUGAGAAACGACGCGUGGGAAUUGCUUGCGAACUGGUCACCAGCCCCUCCAUCCUCUUCCUCGAUGAGCCGACCAGUGGAUUGGAUGCUUAUAAUGCGUACAAUGUCGUUGAAUGCCUUGUUACCAUGGCCAAAAACUACAAGCGAACCGUCAUCUUCACCAUCCACCAACCUCGCUCCAACAUCGUUGCGCUUUUUGAUAGGCUCAUCUUGCUGGCUCAGGGCAAAUUGGUUUACUCUGGACUCUUUUCGGAAUGCCAGCAAUACUUCGAUGAUAUUGGCUAUGAGUGUCCCCCGGGCUUCAACAUUGCCGACUACCUUGUGGAUCUUACUAUGCAUGCGAGCAGCAACCAGACGGUAGACGACGGACGAAUCGAUGCCGACGGUGGAAGUGUUGGCCCAAGCAGUACGCGGGCUGUCAAAUCCGUUGCAAGCACCACCAUUGGAAGCGCUGGCGAGGUUAGUGCCGAGCCAUCAUUACGUCCCAAGAACCGACGCCGCGACUCGGUCAAGGUACGACAGGAACGAGAGCUCUUUACGCGUAGAAAGGCCCCUGGCACUGCCGCAUCUUCAGAUGCCGGAGGAGAGAACCAAGAUGGCUAUCGGCUCCAGAGCAACCCCAUAAACUCUCAGCCCAGCCACCAGCUGGAUGAUCCUCAUGACUUACCCCCUCCGGCUAUGACAGGAACCGAUCUGGAUAUCAUCACUCGAUCUUUUGCCAAGUCUCAUAUUGCUGCCUCUAUCCGCGACGACAUUCAGCAAGCAAUCAGUGGAGCCGAAGCGGCAAAUGGGUCAAAUACGAACGGAUAUGCUGCAGACGGACCAAACAUCUAUACUAGCGCUGUUGGAAAAGGAUACGCUCGGAUUGGAUACCUGCGCCAGUUUAUCAUCAUCUCUGGGAGAACCUGGAAAAACCUGUACCGCAACCCAAUGCUUAUGCUCACACACUACGCAAUUGCCAUCAUCUUGGCGGUUUUCUCCGGAUACUUGUUCUAUGGCCUCACUGAUGAUAUUCCUGGCUUCCAAAACCGCCUUGGUUUAUUCUUCUUUCUGCUGGCUCUCUUCGGCUUCAGUACUCUUACGAGUCUCAAUGUAUUUGCCAGCGAGCGUCUCCUUUUCACCCGAGAGCGAGCCAACGGCUACUAUUCCCCAGCCACUUAUUUUGCCGCCAAAGUCCUGUUCGAUAUUAUUCCUUUGAGAAUCAUUCCACCGAUUCUCAUGGGUUCCAUCAUCUACCCAAUGACGGGCUUGGUGCCAGAUUCGGCGCAUUUCUUCAAGUUCAUGCUUGUUUUAGUCCUAUUUAAUCUGGCAGCAGCAGCCAUCUGUCUGUUUAUCGGCAUUGUUUGCAAGGACGGUGGUGUAGCCAACUUGAUUGGUAGCUUGGUGAUGCUGUUCAGCCUCCUCUUCGCUGGUUUCCUCCUUAAUCACGACGCCACACCAAAGGGUGCUCUGUGGCUUCAGACCCUCUCUAUUUUCCACUAUGGCUUUGAAUCGCUCAUCGUCAACGAAGUCAUAGAGCUUACACUGGUGGACAAAAAGUACGGCCUUGAUAUUACUGUCCCUGGUGCCGCUAUUCUUAGCUCCUUUGGAUUCCAAAACGGCGCCCUUUGGUCCGAUAUUAGAAACCUUGGUAUCUUUGCCGCCGCCUUCGUCGUUCUCGCCUAUGCCGCGAUGCACAUCUUGCUUGUCGAAAAGCGAUGAGAAGAGCAGCUUCGAUUCCAUCCAGGAUGCGAAGAGGCAUUUUUGUGCAGGUUACGACAUGUACAUACUCAUUUCAGGCAAACUAAACUUCCUGGGAAUAUUGCACAACUGGCGUUUUAUGGUUAGAGAGCAUAUCUUGCCCCUUUUUUGAAUUUUCGCGUGUAUCUGUGGCGAUAGUUUUUGGGCAUUGGCAGAGUGCCUUGUUUGGACCUAAUUAACGCUAAAUGAUCCUUUUUCUUCGUAAUUGUAUGCAAUUGAGAAACUAUUUUGAAUGGCAUAGCUUGAGCUGUGUUUAAUUUGUGAAGCUUGAAUGUGGAAUUUUUCCAAGUGUUUCUGAUAUAUAUAUAAUACAUUGCAAUGCGCUGUAAGGGCGCAUGAUAUUCUACUUCUUCAUUUUUUUUUUUUUACAAGAAAAUUCUCAUUAUCGCUACUCCAUUUUGCCUCCCGUAAAUUCCUCAGCAAUCCUCUUCUGCCGCUUAACGGAGCGAUCAUAUUCGGACUCGUAGUAAUCCAUGAGCUUGGUUGAAUUUCCAGUUGUGGUUUCCAGCAUGUUUGCGAUGGAGGGAGGCUUUCCGUAGAUUCCCCAAGCGUUUUCGGUUGUACCAUACCGUUGGAAGUAUUGACUUUGUUUCCUGAAGUAGUCCUCGCUGAAAAUCUCAUCAAUCUCAGCCUUGAGCUCGCUUUCCUGGACGAUGAAGUUGGAGGCGUUGAUAUACAGCUCCAUAAGAGCAUCCCGUCGAGCUUCGUAUUUAGCCUUCUCUUUCUUCUGGACCUUGACCUGGCUACGCUGGGCACGGGCAAAGCGCUCUGGGUCGGGGUAUGUUUUGGUGUCCAGAAUAGCAUCCAGGACGGUGCUUCGCGUGAGUCUGUCGUCUUCUCUUUCUGGCGCAGCAGCAGCCUCGUUGUUCUCCUUGAAUUUGCGGCUUACGCGGGCGUUCCUAAUUGCAUCGCUCUUCUCGCGGCGUGUAUAGAGUGCCUUCAAACCUUGCUCAAGAUUCGUUCUUCGGGUUUCAGCCAUUUCUCUCUUCCAUCUCUGAGAAUCGUUCUUGGGUUCCCGUGCAUUGGCAGACCUCGGGGCUGUCUUGUUGAUAUAAUCGGGCUUGAUUUUGCGAUCGCCUUCGGAUCGAAGGAACACCUGCCGCGGCACUGGCAGUGAGCCUCUUACUCGAGGUGGCUUGACUUCGUCAGUUUGAGACUGAGGAGGGGAAGGAAGUCGGAUGUAAGAGGGAGAUUCGGGCGGGACGGCAUUGGAGAGAAUGGCCGGGGUUGUUGAGAAGCUGCGUGAAGUAGACGACAAUUGCCGAACUACUGGCCUGAGGCAGUUGCCUGCAGAAUAGAGCGACAUUUUGAAUAGAAGUUGCGCUGCGAAAUUGAAGAUUCAACUGCCCACGCACGAAGGUGGUGUGCGAUAUCGACUUACAGAAAAUUGCCCAUAUCCGCAGAGAGCAGCUCGGAUUAACUGAUGCCGAUUUUCCGCUGUACCCCUGUUUUGCUUAAAUAAGUUGACCAGCCACAACCUGCGGAGAUGUGGGCUAGUGGGGUCCUCUGAG